UUCAUUUUCAUUUUUUAUUUAUUUAUUCAUUUUUAAAAAAAUACUCUUACCCUUCUCUUCUUCGUCUUCUUCUUUCUCUCAUCCUUCUUUUUCUGCUUUUGCUUCUUCCUUUAUAUUUCCUCCAUUUUUUAUUUACCUCGUAUUCUCUCUCUCUCUCUCUCUCUCUCACGCACUCACACACAGUUUCUUAUUCUCAGUGAUAUUAUAUUUAUUUUUAUUUCUGAGCGAUAUGUGUUAUAAAUUAGUGAACAAAGUUAGGGUUUUGUCAUUGUGAUUCUCGCACUGCAAUUCCGAAGCCUUUGCGCACAGCUUCUGAGGUGAUAUGUAUCGAAGGGUUCAUUUCAAUUUCGAAAGAAAGGGCUCUUCUUUCGUCAAUUUGAUGGGGGUUGAUCUCAAUUUAGGAUUAGGUUUAGGGGUACAGUUAGCUGUAGGCUUUCCUUUGUUCUUGUGCUGGGGAUGAAUGUUUAGAAGAGGAGUCUGUGGAUGGUAUCUUUGGGUUUGGGAAUUGAUGGGGUUUGUUUUGUAAUCCUGGCUAUUUUUUACCAGGGCAUUGUUAUCCGUAGUUUUUGAGGUACUUUUGGUGGUAUUGUAGUGGUGGUGUUGUAUUGGUUGCUAGGCUUUAGUGGUGGUGAGGAUGACUGAUAUCCGCCAACAACUCCAGCAGAAGCCUGAAAGUACCACAUCAGCUGAUGAUGCCCGGGCGGAGUUCGAGAGAGGAUUGGAGGAGUUGAUGCGGGGUCAUUUGGAUGAUUGCAUGUCUUUUGCCUCGUGUAGUUCACCGAGAACUAUUGAAGAUGACGAUGACGAGAGUGAUCAACUUGUACGGAGGAGAAGAAGGUCGGAGCUUGAUGGAGAUGAUCUAGCUGAGUCUUCUGCAGCCAGGAGACGCCACUCACGCAUAUUGAGCCGUUGGGCUGCAAGGCAGGCUCAGGAGAUGAUUACUACUAUUGAGAGGAGAAAUCGCGAGUCAGAGUUGAUUGCUCUUGCUGGGUUGCAUACUGUUUCCAUGCUUGAUUCUUCAUUCUUGAGAGAAUCGCAAUCCCCAACAGCAAGGAGACAGGGAAAUGUUGAGAGGCCAAGCACUCAGGCCUCUUCCAUUUUGCAAAUGUGGCGGGAAUUGGAGGACGAACAUGUGUUGAAUCGAGCCCGAGAAAGAGUGAGGGAAAGAUUGAGGCAGAGGAGUGUGGAGUCUAAUACAAAUGUUUCCAGCACAAACAUGUCUGAGAGUCGGGAAAGUGAGAAUCCUGGUAGCCUGGUGGAUGCUGAGAGUGAAAAUGAAUAUGGAACUUGGUCACAGGAUCAAAUUGGACGACAGAACGGGAACAGGGAUCGUGAUGAUUCUAGUCGCGAGCAAUCUCCUGACCUUGGUGAAAUUGAGAGGGAAAGAGUAAGGCACAUUGCACGUGGUUGGAUGGAGAGUGGCAUUAGUGACCAUUCAUCUAAUGUUUCACAGAGGAAUACUGGUGCUAGAGGGGAAUGGCUCGGGGAAACUGAGCGUGAAAGGGUUAGGAAUGUGAGGGAAUGGGUGCAGAUGACAAGCCAGCAGCGAGGAGCUAGAGGUGGCCGGAGGGAAGAGGCUACCACAGUUGCUACUCAAGUUGAACGAGUUCGUGAAGUUUCAAUGGGUGAACAGGAAGGUCAACAAGAACAUGUUCGCAGAGACAGGUUGAGGUUGCGUGGAAGACAGGCGCUAGUUGAUUUGCUUGUCAGAGUUGAAAGGGAGAGACAGAGGGAACUUCAAGGCUUGUUGGAACAUCGUGCUGUCUCCGACUUUGCACAUCGCAAUCGGAUUCAGUCACUACUCAGAGGUAGAUUCCUGCGAAAUGAAAGGCCUGUUGAGGAAGAACGACCCCCUUCAGUGGCAGCUAGUGAAUUGGUUCAGCUGAGGCAGCGGCACACCGUCUCUGAUUUGAGGAAUGGGUUUAGCUCCACAAUGGAAGAAACUGCAGUCCAAGGCCAAGCAAGCAGCCAUCCUGAAAUGUCAUCUAUUAAUAGCCCCACUAAUUCUAGAAAUCGGGAUCAACAUGGAAGUUUUGGGGAUGUAGAGUCUCAGAUGCUGCAGAGUAACUUUAAUCAAUUACAAGCACACACUGGGAAUUCAGAUAGUAGUAAUUCAGGUGAUCAAGGUACAGAUCAGAAUGCUGUUUCUAGUAAUGGGGAGGAUAUGCCGGAGCAGAUUGUUGUAAACGUGAGACAAAACCAGCCAGAGUCCACCUCUAACAGAUCUGUUGAAUGGAGAGAUAGUAUUCCAGAAAGCAUGGAUACAGAUUGGCAAGAAAAUUCAAGAAGUAAUUGGCCUUUGAGGUCAUCAGGAAAUGAUGUUGAAGAGGAUCGCAGUAUGCAAAAUCUGAAUGAGGUUUGGCGUGAAGUUGGUUCUCGAGAAGCUGUGGAAACUUGGUCUGAAGGACCUUCUGAUCCUCCGAGAAUGCGGCGUGCUGUACCAUUUAGAAGAACUAGCAGGUUUCACCCUCCUGAUGAUGAUAAUGUAUACAGCAUGGAACUCAGGGAGCUUCUUAGCAGGAGGAGUGUCUCUAAUCUUCUUCGCAGUGGCUUUCGUGAAAGUCUGGAUCAACUUAUACAGUCAUAUGUAGAAAGGCAAGGGCGCACCCCAAUUGAUUGGGAUCUUCACCGGAACAUUCCGAUUCCUGCUACGCCAGGGCAGGACCUGGAACAGCAAAAUGAUGAAGGAAAUGAAGAUCAAAAUGAUAUUAUUGGUCGACCUUCAUUGGUACUACCGACUCCUCCUGCUCCACCACCUCAACCCAUUUGGCACCAGGCGUUGCAUCAUUCUAGUUGGCCUCGCCACAAUGUGCAUCGUACUGAACUUGAGUGGGAGAUAAUUAAUGAUCUGAGGGCUGACAUGGCUAGACUUCAGCAAGGUAUGAAUCACAUGCAGAGAAUGUUGGAAGCCUGUAUGGAUAUGCAAUUGGAGUUGCAGCGAUCAGUAAGACAGGAAGUUUCUGCCGCUCUAAAUAGAUCAGCUGGUGGGCAAGGUUUGUAGUGCUUGGCUUACUAUGUCCUCUUCUAUGGAUAUUUUUGAACCUCCUUCAAGGUCUUUUGUCACUUAGCUGAUUUUCCAUGUUCAAAUUGAUUUUUAGGGGUUGCAGAGACUUCAGUUGAUGGGUCGAAAUGGGGUCAUGUAAGGAAGGGAACCUGCUGUGUUUGUUGUGAUAACCAGAUUGAUUCCUUGUUGUACAGGUAUAAGUGCCUCAGUAGAAGUUGUGGAUAGAAUGUGACAUUACGUUCAAAUUUGAAGCAUAUAUAGCCUGUUACCACAAAUGAGUUUUUUUUUUUUCUUUAUUUAUUUUUCAUUUUUUAAAAUUUUAAUCUGGCAAACAUUCUCCUUUCGCAGAUGCGGGCACAUGUGUACAUGUUCUAAAUGUGCUAACGAGUUAGUUCGUGGUGGAGGGAAGUGUCCACUAUGCCGGGCACCUAUUGUCGAGGUGAUCCGAGCUUACUCUAUACUGUAAAAAGAAUGAUAGGAUGAAAAGAGCUCUCUGAGGUAAAUGAUGUUAGGGAAGCCAUUUUUUGGCAUUCUGUUUUUACGUCCUCCAUGGGUUUUUUUUAACCUAUGGAUAAUGUAGAAUGUGUUCUGAUAACGUAGAAUGCUCUGCGCAUUGUAUGAUUGGAAUGACAUAUGGCAUCUUCUGCUGCUUCAUUCGUUGGUAAAUAAAAUAUCUUAUUCUUUUUCA